CACCGAUCAACGGAAAGAGCCGAAGACGUUGGCUCUGUCAUGUGAUCAGCUGUGUCCUCAGAGAGGACAUGUACACUGAUCAUCAGGGCACUGAUGAUCAGUGUAGCCCCAUCAGUGCCACCUGUCAGUGUCCAUCAAUGCCACCUGUCAGUGUCCAUCAAUGCCACCUGUCAGUGCUCAUCAUUGCCACCUGUCAGUGCCCAUCAGUGCCACACCAAUGCCACAUAUCAGUGCCCAUCUGAGCUGCCUUUCAGUGCCACCUAUCAGUGCAAGUCAGUGCCACCUAUCAAUCAGUGCUGCCAAUCAGUGCUGCCUAUCAGUGCCAGUCAGUGCCGCCUAUCAGUGUCAGUCAGAGCUGCCUAUCAGUGUCGCCUAACAGUG